UCUUUGUCCCAUGAAGUACUACAUGUCCCAAACUGCUUUGCUACACCUGAACCUUGUUAGAAUCCAUAUGUGCCACGGUGAACAACUGCUGAGAUCUACUCACUAGAACCGCCUGACUUCUGUUUUCUAUCACUCUUGGGUAACUAAGGUCUGGCUUGAGUGUCUCUCUCUCUUUUCUCUCUCUCUCUCUCUUGCUGUCUGCUCUCUCCCUCCCUUUCUCUUUCUCUCCAGAGUCCUCGGGCCGCACACAACUCUACCUGAAGUCGUACACAGAGAGAGAAGCAGGAAGGUUUGAUUUGUCUGAGUUGUGCAGCCAUGUUUGCUCUGGGCUACUUCCUAUUGGCUGGACUUGUAUGUCAGAGUUUGGGUCAGUACGAUUACUAUGAUGAAUACUACAUGCCCUCCGCACCACUGGAGGGAGUAUCAUCUCCCACUUGCGCCCAGGAGUGCGAAUGUCCCAUCAGCUUCCCCACAGCUAUGUACUGCAACGAUCGCAACUUGAAGUUCAUUCCCAUUGUGCCGAGCGGAAUCAAAUACCUCUACCUACAGAACAACUUAAUUGAGGAGAUCAAGGCUGGUGUAUUCGAUAACGUCACUGACCUCCGCUGGCUUGUCCUCGACAACAACAAAAUCACCAGCGACAAGAUCCAGGCUGGUACCAUUGAUAAACUGGGCAGAUUGGAGAAGCUCUACUUCAGCAAUAACCAGCUGACCAAACCCCCUGGUCCUCUUUCGAAGUCUAUGGAUGAGUUGAAGCUGAUUGGCAACGACCUAAGCUCGUUCCCUGCUAGCACCUUGUCUGGGAUGGAAAACCUGACCACCCUUCACCUGUCCAAGAACAAGCUGACUACUGAGAGCAUCACAGGUGCCUUCAAAAGCCUGAAGUCCCUCGUUCUGCUGGACGUGAGCGAGAACAAGCUCAAGAAACUUCCCUCGGGAGUUCCAGCUUCGCUUUUGAUGCUCUAUGCCGACAAUAACGAAAUCGACAGCAUCCCUGGUGGCUACCUGGCCAAGCUCCCAGCCCUGCAGUACCUGCGUGUCUCCCACAACAAGCUGGUGGACUCUGGAAUCCCUGGAGGUGUGUUCAACGCGUCCUCUCUCCUUGAGCUCGACUUGUCUUUCAACAAGCUGAAGACCAUUCCAGAGAUCAACGAAUCACUCGAGCACCUGUACCUGCAAGUCAACGAGAUAAACAAGUUUGACCUGACGAAUAUCUGCAAGUUCAGCUCCCCGGUCAACUACUCUAGACUGAGGACCCUGCGCUUGGAUGGAAACAACCUCACGCACAGCAGUAUGCCAGAUGACACGGCUAACUGCCUACGCCAGGCCUCAGAGAUCAUCUUUGAUUAGGGUCACAUCCUGCCAGUAGUUCAUCAAACAAAUUAAGGCUAUUGCUCUUAUUAGACACGCUGAUUGACAUCUGCACGUCUUUAUUCAUGAUCCUGGCAGCCACAAGUGAUAACUUGCACAUUGAUGACAAUAUUUACUCUCUAAAAUGGGCAGCAAUAGUCUGGAAUCUUGAAAAUCUUGCACAUAAAACAUCAGCCUUGUAUGAUAUUGUAUGAAGAGUAGUAGUUGAAUUUGACAAAAUAUUCACAUCUAAAGAGAGACAUAUUUGUGCAACUUGUGAAUAUCCCAUUGUGCACUCUAUAAGAAGUUGCACUAUAUGUCAUCUAACUGCAUCUUAAUAUUUCCGCAUGUUAAAUACCUUAAUCGCUCAAAAUUGUAAUCAUAUUAUUAAUAAGCCUGCCGGUAAGGAAAUUAGAUUGUUUAGAGUAAAAGUUAUGAAAAAUAUCUACUUGUAUAUAAAUGGGCAGCAAUGUUGAAGGCAAUCUAGAAUUCAACUGAAAGUAAAAUUUAUACUAAACUGAAAUUAAAUUGCUGGACACUGAGUGAAUUUGCUGAGGUUUAGCUAACUGUUAACAAAAAAGUUUUUUUUUAUUUAACUGAGGAAUUGCAGUGCCAAAAUGUUGUAUUAAUAGCAAACUAGUAGCAGCUUGAAUUUCUGAACUCUGCAAACAUUUAUACCAUGUUCUACUGUAUCUGCAUGCAGUACUUAAUUUUGUAACAGUAAUUGCUUUCACUUCUAUGGUAAACAUCAUUGCAGUUUUUAUGUAUUCAAUACAACAUUUCACAUCAUCACAAUGUUAGUCAAAUCAUUGAACCACAAGAUUACAGUAACUAUUGUAAAAGUUCCCUUAUUUGUUGUUGUUCUAUUUUGUUUUUUAAAAUACCAAAAGAGUUUGUUCUUCUUUAAUUGAAUAAACCAGAUUUCUUACA